AUGGGGGCUAAAGUUCUUAUGCUGAUCACCAUGGCCAUGGCCAUGCUCGGCAUGGUGCUCGGCGCCAGUCACACGGUGGGCGCGCCGGCCGGAUCAUGGGAUCUGCAGACCAACUACACCCUGUGGGCUUCAAGAACUAGGUUUACCAUCGGCGAUGAGCUCCAAUUUCAGUACUCCACCACCAUGCACAAUGUGGUGGAGGUGAGAAAGGCUGGGUACGACUCCUGCAACAGCUCCAACCCCAUCGCGACGUUCCUGACCGGCAACGAUGUCGUCCCACUUGCAGCCAUAGGGACGCGGUACUUCAUCUGCAGCGUCCCAGGGCAUUGCGCCGCCGGUAUGAAGGCUCAAGUCAACGUGAAGUCGAAGGCUGUGCGGACAGUACAACGGUGCCGAGGGACGGGGAAGCGGCUCCGGUGCCGGUCCGAGACCGUAUUAAGCUCGGCCACGACGGCUGGCACUGAUCAGUCUGCGGUGGCGCAACUAGGUCUGGCCGUUGUCGCGGCUGGUCUCGUGUUGUUCUUUUAG